CGGUGAGUUCGGUUAGCGUAGCCGUUGUAUCCAAACGCCAAACGCGAAGGCUCCCCCUUUCGACGCGGACAUCAUUUCGGAUGGCGAUAGACAGCUCAGUGUAGUUUGAAACGAACCAACAAUUGUAACGUUAAGGAUCAGAAAUAGUGCGAUUCGGUGGAUACGGGGAAGGAACCCGUAACGCGUGUGCUUUUGUGGACGUAUUUUACGACCCAGGUGAAAAAUCAAUUUUCCACCCUUACUUCACGUUCGCAACGGGAGGCGAAACAGCAGAGAGAUCGAAUCAAAACAGAAGGUGGUUAUUUGUGAGAAGGAAAAUGUCAAAACAUUUCCGUCGUCGUUGUCGUUGUCGUCGAUGCGCAUGUCCAACUCGUGGAAACUCGUUCCGAAAUUCACCACACUGAGAGAGAACACAUGUGUACCUAUCCGACAGAGGGAGAGAGAUCUGUGGAAAAUAAGGAGCCUUAAAACAGUUGAAUCCUUGGGAUGCGACUCUCAGUUUCUCGUGAACUAUCGAACCGCACCGUAAGCGUCGAGGAUUCGAAGCCCUGGGUGGCUGUGGUGGGCUUCGACUCUGUGUUUCCUUCCAAGUAAGAAGAAGUUAAGUGGUUUACCAGCAGUGCAGAAAAGUUCUUUCGUCAGAGAUUACCGUGGAUCAAAGCAUCCUCUCGUAGUACCUUUUUUAUGCAAAUUGAAACUCGCCCAAGAAAGGAAAUCCGUCCCGGGGGAAAACAGCAGAAAGAGUUUCGUUCGCCACUUACCAGUUGUUGGGGCAUAGAAAAGCAAAACAAAAAAAAAAACAAAACAAAAAAAACACUACUCAAAGGAUUAGAUCGGUUUCUGUGGGUUUCGCUUCGGUUGGUUGGUGGUUGUCCUAGGGGGUACCGACCGUACCUUAGAGAGUGAGACCUCGCACGACAGGCGCCAAUCCCGCUCCUCCGCACCCAGCUCAGCCCCGCGGUCGCCCGAGUCUCGACUAGUUUUGGUGUCGUUUUCCCUCGUUUCGCCUCAGCUAACUGGACAUAGGGCCAAAAGGAAAACACAUUCCAGAUGUUGUUAUGUUUGUGUGCGCGGAUGUAGAGAUGGGGCAGCAUCACAACCACCACUACCACCACUUUCGGGAGUGAGAGAACGGAGUGAUAGGGCAAACCGAUCAAAUCGUACGCACUAAAUUACUCGAGAUAAAAAAAAAGGAAACGUGUGCGAACGCAGGAGGACUGCCUGCUGGUUCGAUCCAAUCCAUCCCCACAAGGCUAAGCAAGCCUUCAACAAGUUAUUGCUCCCCGAUAAGAACUGUUUGUGAACAAAGAAAAGUGUGGUGUUGGUUCCUUCGUCGCCGUCGGAGUUUUUUUUCUCUCCUCGUCCUAUCUGCAGCUGUUCCUGAAAUCAGCUGAAGCAAGUAACGGAUAAUAAAUCAUUCAUGCUCCCACGGCACGUGUAUAUUGUAUAUUCUUUUAUGUUUGUUGUGUGAGUGUGCGUAUUUGUGGGUCAGCUCGUAGAUAAGCCACAAGGAUAUAUGUGAUUUGGUGUUCCUAAACAGAGAAAGAGAGGAGAAAGUGAGUAAUAGCCCCAGUCUCGGGAUAGUUAAUAUAUAAUAAGAUUUCGGUAUCACCCGGAACGACGGCCAUCGGUGACAACACAGCCCGGAGCUCGAAGGAACCAUCGGAAGGACAGUGACGCACCGUUCACAGCACGGAUAUCCCCGACGAAAAGGUUUACGAGAAAAUCAGGUGGAUCAAUUGCCCGGCAGGCGCGUUUUAGACACAUCUUUUAGACACAUGUCUCUCUCUGUCUGUCUAUCUGACUCUUAUGGACACGGAAACUACUGAACCGAUCGACAUGAAAAUUGUGUGUUGCGAACCAGCCAACCAACCGACCAACCAACCCGACUACCAAGCAAAGGAAAGGGGGGUGCAGCAAAAGCUAGAAAAAUAGUUACCUAAGAUUGGUGUCGAUCCUUGAGCGGACCGAGCCGUUAUUAAACGCAUAAAUCUUGCUCCGGACUGUCGGAUCUGGAAAGGCAGAGCACUGCAUAAUACCAACAUAUCUACGAGGGAACAGCCAGAGACAACAACACCGAAAGCCACAACCUGGGUAAGGAUAGAGAUAGAUGCACCGAAAGGAGCACACAGACAAACACACACCCAUGCAGUUCGGUGAAUCAAAAGUAACCCCCCAGCAUCGCCAGGUCCGGCGCGCUGAAAAGUGAUCCUCUGGGAAUUGACAAGAGCGAAGCGAAAAGAGUUGAAAAUAAGAGAAGUGUAGUGGUGUACGAGGUGCGGGGCAAUUCGAAUCAAAUCAAUACCGACGAUGUGUUCCAGAAGUAGCAGCAUUUAUGUUCCGAUAGUUGGCGCUCUGUUUUUAAUAAUUGUGGAAAUAAAUCAGACAGAUUGCGGUUUUAUAGUACCCAGCGUUGGAACGGCUAGUGGCACUGUAAGUGCCCCUGUUCAGGCUGCCAACAAUAAUCAGCUAUUCAACACGGUGGACAGCAGCAACGUGGGUUACGACGAGACGACAAAUGGUUACACAACGACUGCAUCCACCACCCAUUCCACUACCAGCUUCCCCAUAGAUUCCGCCGCCCAGAAUUCUAGCUCUCCGAACGGAUUCGAGGGCCAGAUACCGUUGGAACGAUUGCCAUCCAAUACAUUGCUCAAGUAUACCGCCUACAAGGACGUUUCGAUACUACAUUUCCGGAUACCGACCGAUACCCGUACCGCCUUCUUUAGCUUUAAGGCAUACGAGGAAUCUAAAAGUGCCUUUCAACGUGUGUGUCAACCGAACGACAUUACGUUACACUUAAAAGCUGGCAGCUACCCAGUGAUUAGUCCGGAGAAUAUAACGUUCCCAAAACAUUUCCUCAGCGCAGAUGAAAGAUUCGAGAUACAUCAUUUACAAUUUAAAUCCGACAGCAUAACGAGACGGCUGAGCAUUGAUGGGCCACAUCCGGGUAAUUGGUUCGCCGUGGCGUUCAUCAGCUGGACCGAUCCAAACAACGAACGCAUCGAGCAGCAAGGUUUGGCCCCGUCCUGUGAGACACUGCUGAUGUCCGAGAUGGCCGUGACCCGCAUUACGCCCGCAAUUCUAAACACACAGGGCUCGCACAGAGGUGUGCUCGGUACCAACCAGACUGAGCCGAACAGUUACAAGUUUUUCGUGCCCAGCGGGGUUGCGGUGGUGACCUGGAGCCUGCAGAUCACCAAACCUUGCAACGAUUGCAGCGAUGUGAGCUUCUUCGUACAGACGCACUCGUUGCCUACGCACAAGGACUACCUGCAGAAUGCGAUCAUCUGUCCGAACCAGACGGGCGAUAUUAGCAUUGAUUUCUAUCCCCAGGAAAGCGCCUGGCAUUACGUGGAUUUGGACUUUUUGGGAGAAGAGGACAGUCAUUCGAACCGAUCGAGCAAUGAGACCGCCAGACGGGAGGCGAAGUUCCAGGAGCUGGAAUAUGUGAUAGGGAUGGAUUUUAUUUCCACACAGGAGGAACCACUACCCGAAGAUGGGGACGACGACAAACAUGACACGGUGAAGGCAUCCGUUGAAAAGACUAUCCAAAGGAGGAUGUUCGAUCAGCACCCGCUACUGCGACAAACCUAUCGGGAAUUCUUUAUGUUUGACUACGACCUACUACCGGAUAUCAACGGGACGGUACCUUUGACUUUGAACCUGAGCGCCGGGAAUCCGGCGCUACUUGCUUUCGAUGUUAACGAUGUCUACGACAUCGGUGGAACGCUGAGUUUCGCUGUCGCUAUGCGACAGGACAUGAAGGGUGCCCUUAUCGACGCUCAUCAGGCAAACAGCAACGAUCACGUCGGGGUAGUGGCCGAGAAGUUGAUCGACGUUCAAGAGGACUUCGUGGAGGAAACGACCACGACUACUAGCACAACGGCAACACCGGCUACCGGUUCCAAAGAGGUGAACCGUAGCAACCAAACAGUUAUCGUGUGCAUGCACCUCGGAGAACCCGGAGUUCCGACCUGGCCUGACAAAUGCACCUACGGAAGACAUAUUUUCCCGGCGGCGAUUAUCGUUAACAAUUCGGAUUCGGACACCAGCACCGGUUUGGUUCAUGUUCCCUUUCCAGAACCCGGAAAGUGGUACGUCACGUUGGGCAUCUUCUGUCACGGGACCGAAACGGCAGCGAAAGUUACCAUCAUCGACAGCGUAAAGGACUUCAUCAAGAAGUAUCGGGAAAUACUGUUCGAUAUGAAACAACCGUGCGCAUGCUCGGAGUCUGCCGCAUACUACCGGCGAUGUCUGGCCGACGACGCGUGUCUAUCGUCGUUGAACGAAACGGAGACACUCAAAAUUAAGGAGUGCAUAAUGGACGUGAAAUGUACGGAGCAUUUCGACGAUAUGGCGAAGAAAUUUGAAAUUCACCAUAAAUACACCACGGAGCAGAGUGCAGCCGUCGAUGGAACGUGCAACGGUAGCGUAGUGUUCACGAUAUCUUCGAGUCCGUGUGUGGCCGGAAGGUGUGGGCGAUUUGGGCGCUGCUACCACUACAUGUCCGGGGGAUUCGUAUUCUCGACGUGUCUCUGCUUGAGAAGCUACCGGGGCUGGGAUUGUACCGAAGAUUCGCAGGUUCCAUCCAGCGCUUCGGUUCUGCUUGCCUCGCUAAUGUUAAUUCUCUCCAAUCUACUGUUCCUGCCGAGCAUUUUCUUCGCUAUUAAACGCGGUUACUACACGGAGUCGAUCAUAUAUUUCUUCGCAAUGUUCUUCUCAACGUUUUACCAUGCGUGCGACUCGGGUGAGGAAGAGUUCAGCUUCUGUCUUGUUAAAAUCGGGGUUCUACAAUUCUGUGAUUUCUACUGUGGUCUGCUAGCGAUCUGGGUAACACUGAUAGCGAUGUCCAACGUGAGACACCAGUUCGUCUCGCUACUGCACAUGCUCGGAGCGAUCCUCCUCGCAUUUGGCACUGAGCUAAACAAACAGUCCCUCUGGGUAUUUCUGGCCCCAGCUUUGACAGGUCUCUGUCUCAUCUCGAUCAGCUGGGGUAUGCGGUGUCGCAAAACGAAGAAAUGUUUCCCCUCGCGGGGGUACCUUGCCCUUUAUCUACCCAUUGGAACCGUCCUCGUGAUGGUCGGUCUCGUUUGCUACGCCUUCCUGCAAACCAAGCAAAAUUACCACAUAGUCCACUCGAUCUGGCACAUGGUGAUGGCACUGAGCAUUCUCUGCCUGCUGCCGGGGCGCAAAACGUUCCAACCAAAGUGCUAGCAUACGGUCAUGAUCUAUCUGCUGAACUCCUCCUCGCAGUCGUCGAACUCAAUGUCAACGACCACCGCGUCUGCAGGAGCGGGGGGCGCUCUGGCCACCAGCGGGGAUAUCUCCACCAUUACCGGACAGCGGGGUGACAUCAAUCCGACCAUGACCAGAAUCACCGCAUCGGCCUCGUUUGUAAAUAGCCUAACCGAUGCCACCACUAUCAGCACCAGCAACAGCAUGUCGCUGUCAUCCACGUUCUCAUCACUCGCGUCCACGGGGGCCGCGGCACCUGUACCAGCAGCAGCAUCAACAACCAACAGCAGAUAGAUUUCCGGAAGAACCGAAUGAGGGAACAACCCCCUCAAAACACUGAUUAUAGAUUUUAAGCAACACAACACGCUACUACUUUGGAGCUAACUCAUGUUAACUGUUUUUAACACAAUGUCCUGCUAAUUAGGUACUAUAGGUAGGAAAAUCAGAUUCCGUUUAGCUGUAUGAGAAAUGUUUGCAUGUGUAUGUGUGUCAUCACCGUGUGGAGAACCACCGCCCCAAUGGUUGUUUAGUGUCAUCGCACUGUUUUCACUUAUUUUCACUCGGAUAGCAGAUCACAUAGUGGGCGUGUGUUCACUCGCAGAUGAAUGAUACGAAGGAAAACUUAUAAUUGAUGUGUUCUGUGGAAAUUCAGUGGAUCAGCACCUUGAAAUAUUAGUGGAGAUAGCUCGCGGCGCAAUGCGAGGGAAUGGAAGGAACUUUUGCUGUGCGACAUUUGAAAUUUCGAUCAUCCAGGGUCGUUGCUUGUUGCCGUCUUUAGAAAUAUGCUGAGAGUUCGAAAAAACAGAUAGAAGUUAAGGCGAUUUUAUGCAUAUUCUCAUAUACCGUUCUGAAUCAUAUUUCGCACGCUCAAGGCAUUUGAUGUAGAAAACAUAUCUAAACCUAGUGGAGGCGAUCUGGCGUAAUGGUAAAAUCCGUACCUCUCACGCUCAAGAUCACGAGUUCAAUUCUCACUCCCGAUAUUCUUCCAAAAAUUGAAGCAAAAGUGACGAAUUAGCCAAAAGUGUUGAAAAUCACUAUAAUACAGAAAAAAAAGAUCUAAACUUUGUGCCUAAGUAACUAUUUGGUUAAUAUUUUUACUAAAUUAGUUUAAAAAGCUUAUAAGCUUUCUACUCUGGUGUUGAUUAAAACAUCAACAAUUAUUGAAUAAAAAUGUUUCGAAUUGAAGCGAAUAAUAAUCAAAUUUCGGACACUCUGUUUGCAUAAAUAUUUCUUGUGGUUUUGAGCUCAACUUGCAUUUCUGUAAAACUACCAAUGCAAUAAAAUGAUCAAACAUGAGAAAAAUAAAGUGUUCGGAUAUUUUGGUUAUUGUUUAAGGUAUAUUUGAAGAUGAUUUUUCCAUUUUUUGAGUGAACGAAUAAUCGGUACUUUGAUGGUGGUAUCGGUUCUGAAGCAAUGGCGUGUCGCAGAACGAAUUCCUAUAGAGGUUUUUGAAAAUUCGAGAAAAUUCCAAAAUGGCUAAAUCGGUCGAUUAAUUCCUAAGAUAUCGAUACCACCAGCUGAAAAAACAUGGUUUUGAGAAAAACGCGUUCAAAAAUUCGUGUAACAAUACUAUAUCCCUUAAGGUGAUAUCAUACUUUCGACUGUGACAUUUCAACGAAAUCGAAUAUCGAAAAAUCGUUUUAGGACAAAAUAUGUGAGGGCAUAAGCUUCCUAAAAAUGCAAAAAAAAAGAAAAUUCGAUUUUUUCGACCUUCCUGACCGGGGUCUCCUCUUAACCGCAGUAGACCCUGUUUUGAUUUUCAUCUGUUUCAUUCGUCCCUCAAAAAUAUAUUCUUUUACUAUGUCUAUUGAUAUUAGUUAAAAUAUUACUAGUAUAUAUUUGUAUAUCUCAAAUGCGCUCCCAUCCAUCCGCCCACAUCCGCUUUGCAUGUUGGCCAACACUGAUUCUGAGGAUGUCCUGAGGAUUUUGGAUUUUGGGUUGCAGCAGUACGGAUAGAUGAUCCUGCUCGAGUGGCAUCCAAAGCGUCU